ACAUCGGCCUCCCUGCUCGUUGGGGAGUCUGCUUCUCCCUCUGCCUGCUGCUGCCGCUGUUCCUGCUAACUCUCUCUGUGUCAAAUAAAAUCUCUAAAAGAAAGUUACUUGAAAUAAAAACAUUUAGCUACUUUAUGAACUUGAGAAGAGAGAGACUUGAUGCAUAUGACUUACCUUUGUUUUAGAAGGGGUGGUCCUCACACGCUGCUGGUGGUGUGCCCUGAGAGCCGGCUCCAUAGCCCUCCAGGUGCCUGGCCAGGUGGUGCAGAUACCAAGUCGGGGCCCUAGACCCUUCCUGCUCUGCUUUGUGAUUCUCCAGAGACCUCUCAACCUAGAAUCAGUUCAGAAGAACAGUUGCUCAUAUUUUGGCUUCUGAGAGCAGAGUUCUGGUGAGCCUGCUAUGUGGGCAUGAUGUUUGCACGAGGGUUAAAGAGAAAAAAUGCCGAGGAGCCGGAGGACGUGGAAGGCUGCCCGGCAGGUGCCCAGGCCAUGCCCUCCUACAGCCUACAGCGCCAAUCACUCUUGGACAUGUCCCUGGUCAAACUGCAGUUGUGCCACAUGCUGGUGGAGCCCAACCUCUGCCGCUCAGUCCUCAUAGCCAACACAGUGCGGCAGAUCCAGGAGGAGAUGACCCGGGAUGGGACCUGGCGCGUGGUGGCACCACAGGCAGCAGGGCGGGUGCCGCUGGACCGCCUCGUCUCCACUGACAUCCUGUGCCGCUCUGUGCGGGAGCAGGAGGGAGAGUGCCCCGCCCCUGACAUGGGAGACGGCCAACCAGACCUGGUCCCCGGACUGGCCGUGGCGCCCGCGGCACAGGCACCGAGGAGCCCGCAGAGCAGCCUCUGGGAAGGGGACGGCUCUCGAGAGAGCAGAGGGGGCUUUCAGAAGUCCCUGGAUCAGAUCUUUGAAACGCUGGAGAGCAAAACCUCAGGUUCCGUGGAAGAGCUGUUUGCAGAUGUGGACAGCUCCUACUACGACCUGGACGCCGUGCUGACGGGGAUGGUGGGCAGCACCUCGUCGGGCCCCAGCAGCGGGCUCCAGGCCUUCGCCUCCACCACCACCUCGCCUCCCAGUUCCAGCUGCAGGUCAGAUCUGGGCGAGCUGGACCACGCCGUGGAGAUCCUUGUGGAGACCUGAGCAGGCAGCUGUGCCCUGAUGGGACACGUCAUGGAUGGAUUCCUAAGGCAUCCAGAGUGCUUGGCCUGUGAUGCUCGCUGCCCUGCAUCUGCUGGCUCAGCGCCUGGCUUGUCUGUGAUGAGGAGAACGUUCCAGAACAGCAUCCGGUUGGCCUGUCCCCUUUCUCCCCGAGGGGGCUGGGCAGUUUUCCUUCAGGCUGGUCGUCUGGGCCAGUCUGACCUCCCGCUGGCCCUGGGCAUCUGCCCCCUCUGUCCUGCUGCCGCUCUGUGGAGGGCUUGAGUCACCGGCUCUGUAUCCAGCCUGGUUUUAAAUUUAGAUAGGUGAACUUUUUUAAAUUAAGUUUUAUAUGUUUUGGGCAAUAUUUUGUUGUAAGAUAUAUUUUUUAAACUUUUUAUACUUUUAUCUUUUUAGAUUUUUUCAGCUAUUUUCUUAAAAGUCUAUUUUUUCUAUAAACAUUUUCUGCUGCUACAUUAGAAACUUACAACCUAAACACUUGCAGUUGGUGUAUUUCUUUUUUUAAGGUUUAAAUAAGGACUUUUUUUUACAGUAAGCUUCACUCCAUGUGGUGUACUUAGAUCAUGAAUUUCCACGUGGCGUUGGUGUGAACCUUCUGUCCUGUGACAGGGCACCUUGCACAGCCCCGUCUUCUGUUCUUGAGUGUCAUGACCAGAUCUGCUGUGCCAGCCCUGUCUUCGUUAGAGUUACGUGGGGAUUUCUGAAGCUUUUAUUUAUGCCUAUUUAUAUGUAUAUGUUGGAGGUGAAGGUCAGAUCCUGUCUACCGGAAGAUCGGAAGAUCACAGCCACCCCAGGUGUCUCCGGCGGUGCCUUCAGAGGAUCUGACUCUCGGGGCCCUUCUUGUAUAGUUUUCCCAGCACAAGGGGCCUCUCCCUGGAAGAAGCUGCCCUCCAGUGUCCCUCACCACUGUAGAGGGUCCCCAGCUUGUAUGAACAUUAAUCAAGGGAAACCUCACUAAAAUGGAGUGGGGAGGCCCAAACUGGGGGCCCUCACUUUGUCCCACUGGACAUCAAGGAUUGUCAGUCACAGACCCAGCAGAAGAAUCCUUAACAGGAAAGACUCAGUUUCGGGCCCCACCAGAAAAGGUGCACAUUGCCUCCCCCACCAGGAAGUACCAGCCCCAGUGCCGCAAGCCAGAGACAAGCCCUCAUCACCCAGGACUCCUGCUUCUCUCCAGUGGGCUUCCAUUCCAAACAGGACUUCCAGCUUCCUCCUUUCUCCGUAAUAAUGCUCCUCUCGUUUGUUUGUUGGACUUGCCUGUGGUUCUGCCCUAGCACGUUGCAAUUCUGUCAUACUGAAUAGGCCCAUUUUACUGGUGAAAAGGUCAACACUAACGUGGCCACUGGGCGGGCGUGCUCGGAGGCCGCCACAUGCCAGAGUGUGUGGACAGGGCACUGGACUGGAGAAGGCCCACACUUGCCCUGUGACACUGGUGCUGGGACAGAACUGAGAGGUUAAGUCUAGGAUUAAAUCUGGACACUUGACCCAUAUGACUUCUUAAUCCUGAGGGUGGUUGAUGGUGGGGUUGGUGGAGCAGUGCCACUGAAGUGAACUUUGGGGUACCUGCCGUGCUCCCUGUGACCCUGCCCUGGACACUGGGAACACCCACACCUUUUUUAGGUUUUUCACAGGUUUAUAAGUAAGCCUGCACUCUCUGCCGGCCCUGCCCAGCUCCUGCUUCUCCUGUUUUUUCUUCUUUACCCAGCCCUUAGCCAAAACACUGUUUUCUUUCCUGCAUAAGACCUUUCUCUGCUAUCAGCCAUGUACACAUUACUUAAUUAAAAAUUACCCAGCAAA